AUGCGCGAACCUCCGCCGCCCGCCGACGACGCCCACGCCCACGGGCAGGCGGACCAGGAAAUCAAGCAGCUGCUGGCGACCGUCCGGACCAACCUGGAGCUGGUGGCGCGCACCUGGGGCCGCGAGAGCAGGCAGCACCGCGAGGCGCGGGCGGUGAUGCGCGCGUGCCUCGAGGAUGUGCAGCUGCGGCGGCAUCGGCGGCGGCGGCGGCAGGAGGACCACCACCCGAGAGCAGAGGAGGAUGAGGAUGGAGAUGAUGGAGACGAGGCAACGGGAACGGGAAAAAGAAAAGGAAAGGAAAGGGGAAUCGCAGGUGGAGGUGGAGGGACAGGGCAUCGAGGCGAUAACGACGACGACGUGGAGAUGGACACGGGCGUGGAACGGGACAGAGGACGGGAAAUAGACCAAGAUAUCGCAGCGGUGUUGGCCGAGUUGAGCCUGUCGUGA